AUGCUCGGGUGGAAUAGAGCUCCGGUAGGGCACUAUGUAUCGAAGUUUUUCAUCCAGGUUCGUACUGCUACAAAGAAAGCAGCGGGGUCCAGAACUUCCAUGAAAGAUUCGGCGGGUCGCCGAUUAGGCCCAAAGAAAUACGAAGGUCAAGAAGUGAAACCUGGUGAAAUUUUGAUGAGGCAGCGCGGAACAAAGUUCUACCCCGGCGAAAAUGUUGGAAUCGGGAAAGAUCACACUGUAUUCGCUAUGGAACCAGGGUUUGUGCGUUACUAUCUCGAUCCUUUCCAUCCCAAACGCAAGUUUAUUGGUGUAGCAUUAGGUUCAGAGCUUAAGCUGCCUACGCCACAUUUCGCGCCCAGAGUGAGGCGCUUUGGCCGCCAACUGAUAGAGAAUUCUGAGGCUGCCCAAAAAGAAGCUAAUUCGCUUACCAGAAAACAAUUCAUGGCCAGAGACUCCAUUACAGCUGGCAUGAAUGAACGUGAAACUCGCCGUGCUGAUUUACGUUUACAAUUCGCCAAGAAGCUUACAGAGUCGCUUCAACUUAAGUUCGAGGGCCAAUCUAUGGAAAUGGCCACUCUCUAUCUACUGCGACUACGUUCUUGUCUAAAGAAUGGGUUUUCGCUUCUAGACGCCAGGUUCAACUCCUUGCAUUACCUGGAACAAGAAACUGUAUUGCAAGCCAGACGCGAAGCCUUCUCCCAGGAAACAUUAGCAGAACAACUGCAAAAGCUUUACGCAACGGCAGACAAAAUCAACACAUCCACAUCAUUCAACAAUAGAUUGGAACUUACGAGGUAUUACUCGAAGUCCGAGCGAGAAAACUUGAAGGCUAAACUGUUGAAUGAUUUAACCAGCGCUACGCUAGCUACGAGAAAGGACAAGAAAAACAUUGAAAAGUUGUUGGAAUCGACUGCCGACUUUUUGACUAGAUCGGAAGAAGUGCAGUUGCGCAGAAGGUUCUUGAAGCCAGUUAAGCCAGAAAACGUGUCCAUGGCUAGCAAAAAUGAGAAAAAACCAAUCACGGUCAAGAGGUUUAAUUAUAUGAGAGGUGGUAUCGACGCCAUUUCAAGAACGAAAAGUGCAUUUUUGAGUAAACUAUAA